AAAAUAUCUUACUUCAUUCAACAAUUUUCUUCUUUGGAUUAGAAUAAUAACCUAUUACAAUCAAUCAGGUUACUUUGUUUUGUGGUGGAAAUUUAAAAUACACCAGAUAAACCGGUGAUAGAUAAAAAUGUAUUCAACCUUAAGGAUUCUGAGAAAACAAAAGAUAUGUUCUGUUGAUUUGUUCACAAAGGGAAAUAGUUCUGCUUAUCAUAUAUGUGCUAGAAGCAAUGCAUUGCCACCAUUUAAAAAUCACGACAUUUGGAAGCGUAAAAUACUUCUAGGAUUCUCAUCCAUCACAUCUCAAAACUUUCAGAGUACUGAUGCGACAAUUGCAAAAUCUGAUGACAUUUUAAAACAGAAUCAAAACAUCACUGAGUCUAUACCUGAACCACCUUCUCCUUUAAUUGAUGCCCAAACAACUCAAGUUGAGCAGAUCCCAGGUGUUGAACCAACAUUUGAGAGCAUCGGUCUUGGGGGAUGGAGUCCAGUAGGGAUUGUACAAAACUGUAUGGAAUUCCUUCAUAUUUCUUGUGAUCUCCCAUGGUGGGGUGCUAUUAUUAUUGGUACGGUAGUCGUCAGGACCCUCCUGUUUCCUCUAGUGAUAAUAUCUCAAAGGAAUGCGGCAAUAAUGAGCAAUCAUUUACCAGAAAUGCAAGCAAUUCAGUUGAAAAUGACAGAAGCUCGUCAAAGAGGAGAUAGAUUAGAUGCGGCAAGACAUGGUCAAGAAAUGAUGGUAUUUAUGAAGGAAAAAGGUUUGAAUCCAUUUAAGAAUAUGGUUGUACCAUUAGCUCAGGCACCACUUUUUAUUUCAUUCUUCAUGGGACUUAGAGAAAUGGCAAAUUUACCAGUGGAAAGUUUAAGAAAUGGAGGGUUUUUGUGGUUUACAGAUCUAACGUUAUGUGAUCAAUUUUAUUUACUUCCCAUAAUUACUAGCCUCACAUUAGCUGUAACCAUUGAGGUAGGGACAGAUGCUGCCAGAACUUCUAGUUUAGGUAUGAUGAAAUAUGCAUUGAGAGCAAUGCCUAUCAUCAUAUUUCCUUUUACAAUGGGAUUUCCUGCGGCUAUUUUAGUUUACUGGACUUCAACCAACUUUAUUUCUCUCAUACAAGUGUCAUUUCUUCGAAUACCCAAAGUUAGAAGUUUUUUCAAUAUUGACCCCCUGAAAAAGCAUGAUACUCAAAAAUUACCAAUAAAAGAUAAAGGUUUUGUGAAGGGGAUCAAAGAAACAUGGACCAAUCUGAAAAUAACAAGAGAACUUGAAGAUAGAGAGAGGAUAGAUCAAAUGAAUUUUAUGCGAGCUGGUAAAGGUGCAGUACAAAAAACUUAUAAAUUUGACCCUACUCGACCUAAACCUCCUAGAAACUUAUCUGCUAUAGAAGCUCGAAAGAGGGAUUAAAUUAUGUAAAAAAUAUUAUAAUAUAAUGCUGUAAAUAGGUAUAUUAGAAUUUUGUAUGUAAAAAUUUAAAAUGUGAACUUGUAAUUUUUAUGUAAUUAUAUUAAAAAUUCUUAUCACAAAAUCUUUAAAUAAAUAACCCUAGCUAUGCAAGUAAUAUAAUAAGAUACUAUCUAGGUAGCACAAUGAGACAUCAGAGAGCAUGUAAGUUAAUUUUUAAAAGCCUAUAGAUUGAUCAUUACUGGAUGCUGCCCAUCUAAUCCACCCCCUAUGAAUUAUGCUCUUAACAUUCUGGAUUUCCAUUCUGUAAGUCAUUCAACCCUCCUUAUUAUUAGGGAUGCUCUACUGAUAGCAACAUAUUUAAUCUUUUCAAUUUUAUCUUGUU